CUUCCUUGCACGUAAAAAGAAAGCGAGAGAGAGUUCUUUGUUGCUUGGGAGGUACGCUUUAGUCUCUCCCUUUUUCCUGUUUUUGGAGUUCAUUCGUGCAAGAGUUUGAUCGAUGAUACAUGCAGAAACUCCGAUUUCCUGUACUUCCUACUUUCUGUGAUGAAAUAAUGACUUCUUCUUUUUCUUGAAGAAAACUGGUGCAGGGGACUAGGAUUUUAAAGCAAAGGAAAUUUCUGAGUCGGUGACCAUCUUCGCGGAUUUCUUUUUUUUGGACCUUUUGAAUUCAUGGGUGGAAGGAACAGGAAAAGAAAGAGGAACAAUGGAAAUUCUGUGGGAGAAAAUGCCAUUGUGGCGAGGGACUUUGAGGAGAAAGAGAAUUGCAUUGUUGGUUCUUCGAGAGUGGGAACAGACGGGGGCAAAGAUGACGGUGUUCGAACAGAUGAGAAGUUGGUCACAGUAUUCAAGAAGAGCAAGAGGGGAAAAGGGGAAGAUAAUGAGAAGAUGGUUGUUGCAUGGGGAGGGAGGGUAAAGGAAAGGCUGAAAAGCGAGCAGUUGGAUAAUCCUUCUUGUUGGUCGCCUCGAUUGAGACCAAGGAAGGAGGCUUAUGCAUAUAGAAAGCUUCAACUGGGAGUUGAAUCCGAUUUCAUAAGAAUUGUGGGAAGAAGGGUCAAAGUUUAUUGGCCUUUGGAUCGAAAGUGGUAUGCUGGGCAUGUGGUUUCAUUUGAACAUGACAAGAAAAUCCAUCAGAUUAGAUACGAUGAUGGCGAAGAGGAAUGGCUGGUCUUGGAGAAUGAGAAAUUUGAGGUAGAAGUGCUCAAGGGCGAGGUUUCAGGUAAUCGAUUUAUUUGUAACCCCGAAACUGUUGAUGACAAUCUUAAGGAGGGUGAUAAUAGUGUUGAAACAAGGACCAAGACAGAAAUCUGUGCUAAUGAUGAUAACAGCAAUUCUGAAGAAGGGCAUGAGAGGCAACAGUCUGCUAUUGAUGUUCCGGGCAAUGAGGAGGAAACUGGUAGUGCUAAGGUUGUAGCCGCUGUUGAAGAGGGGAAUGAGAGGGAACAUGUGGUUAGCACAGAUAAGAGCAACGGUAAACAGAAGAAUGAGAUAGAAUUAGGCAAGUUUGUAGGCAAUGUUGAGAGGGGGAAUGAGAAGGAACGUGGUACUGGUACAGUUAAGGAUGAGACCGAUUUUGAGGACGGGAACGAGAGGGAACAUAAUCAUCCCAGGGAAAACAACGACGUUGAGGAAAGGAAUGACAAAGUCGAUGAGUCUAUAAAAUUUGGCGGUAGUGUUGUAAUAGGUUAUCGGAACAUGAAGCAGAAGAACAGAAAAAGAAAAAGAGACAAAUCCAGGCAUUCGUUUCGAAAGGUGGAGUUGAAUGAGAGAGAUUAUGAAAGAAUCUUGGGGAGAAGGAUAAAGGUUUAUUGGCCUUUGGACAGGAAAUGGUACAUCGCUCGUGUGGUUUCCUUUGAUGGCACAAGCAAGCGUCAUCACAUUUUAUAUGAGGAUGGGGACACGGAGAAUCUGCACUUGUGCAAUGAACGCUUUGAACUAGAAAUUGCAGCUGGGGAGGCAUUUGGAAAGCAGCGUAGGUUGGUUGUUGCAUCGGAGAAAAAUGAAAAAGAGGCUGACUUCCACAGUCAUUCAGAGAGGAAGAACGAGGAGACCAUUAAAAUGCUAUCAUCAGAAUCAACUAAUACCGACUCCUCAAUGUCCAAAACCAAAUUCAGAUUAGAAGAGGCUGAUGAGAGCCCAAGUAAAGGCAUUGAGAAUGAAGUUGGAGUCUUCAAUUUGUUAAAUGAAGAUCUCAUGAAGAGUGGACCGUCAGAAGAACAAGGUAAUAUAUCAGAAGCACAAAUUGCAAACAUAUUGAACAAAGAAAAUAAGGACAAUUUAGUGACAAACACAAAGCCUACGGCAGAAGUUAGAGAUAGUUUGGGCGAAAAGGCCAUAGCAACAAAUAGAUCUGUUUUGCACUCUGGGAGUAAUGCUAGCAACAAGCAGGCCAAGUCUGCUCAAGUUUUUGGACAGCAUGGACCUGGCCAAGUGAAUGAGUUGGUAGUGCAACAUUCUUUAUAUACAAGUGAAACGGAACUGGGUAGUAGUCUCUUGAUGACAACAAAAUUCCAUGAGAAUGGUCCAGAUGAUACUGAAACAUCGAAAGAGAAGCCUAUGCAGGAAAUAAGUUCCAUGAAAAACUUGGGGGCACUGAAAUCUCCAUUUUUUGUUGUGUUUGGAAGAACAGAGCAUCUAGACUUUGAUAAACAAUCGGAAACUGAAACAAGCGGAAGUAUCAAGGACCGACUUACUGUUUCAGAAAGCCAUGACUUUAUGUUUGGGGAAGAGCAUGGAUCAGGUGAAAAAGUAAAUGAGUUGGCAACGGAACUUGCAGCAAACAAUAAUGAGGUAGAAGUGGAUAACAGUGGGUUGACGACAAAAAGGAUUGACUUUGCUGUUGGACCGCUUGCAGAAGAUACCAUUCAAGGAAGGAACUACUUGAAAAUGCAAGAGGUAUCUAAAAUGCCAUUGCUUGAUAUGCUUGACAAGGAUGAGAUACAAAAAACAGUUACUAAGGUGAACCCUGUAGGUGAAAAGGGAACAAGUGUUCAUGCAGAGGAACCAGCUACUAUUCUGACUGCCUUUUUUAAGCAUGAAAUGGACAGAAAGAGACAAGUUGAUACGGAAGAGAAUAGUGAAAAGCUUGAUGCUGUGACAAUGACAGAAGAAAAAAUUCAAGUACUGGAGGUCACAAUGGAUCAAGGAGAGCGAUCAGACUCGGCUGAAGAAAAAGAUGGAGAGAAACUUCUCCAACAUUGAAAUUCUGCAACGGACUUGCAUGAACUCGUAUGGAGAGAGGGUGGAGAGGAAGAACAGUGCUGCUGUCACUAAUAUCAGAUAAAAAUAAACUGGAAACGCUGAUGGCUACGUGGUUCAGAAAAGUGUAUUUACAAGAAAAUUAAUGGACUCUACUUUCAGUAUUAUAGUUGCAAACGCGUCAGCAAUUCUGGAAUGCGGAUGGUUCUUCACUUCUUUGCUCAUGUUCAUGCUCCUGUUCUGACAACCAUUACUCUAAGGGUCUGAAGAUUUUGGUAAACUUCAUUGACUUGUGCAGAGGAUGUCAGAUUUUGAUGGUGCUUCUAAAACUUGACGCCUCAUUUUUAAGGACACAAUCACCUUCGACAGUCACAAUCACCUUCGACAGUCUCCUGAUCAGAACUUGCGUUUACGAGAAUGUCCGUAGUUAUGCUUUGAAUUAACAGUCAUUGUACAUAAGAUGUUUUCUCUGUUUAUGUGAAUAUGCGUUGAGUUACUGUACAUAAGAUGUUUUCUCUGUUUAUGUGAAUAUCUAGUCAUGCGUUGAGUUACUGUACAUAAGAUGUUUUCUCUGUUUAUGU